CGAACGGUCAAUUGAUAAACGUUUGAGCGAGUGAAAAAUGUACCCGUGGAAUUCAUUGUACGACAGCAGCAGCCAAUUCACCUAUUUGACAGAAUUCCAACAUCAGUAUCGUUUCUCUGAUGAUACGUCGAAAAGGUCAUCGGCAGUCAGGACCUUAACCACCGUAAUGGACGACCAAGAGAAAUUGCUGGGCGAUGCCAUUGCCAUUGUACGAAGUCAAGCAUUCCAAAUGAAACGGUUCCUCGACAAAAGUCGCUUAAUGGAUGCAUUGAAGAGUGCCAGCACCAUGUUGGCUGAGCUGAGAACGUCGCUGUUGUCACCGAAAAGUUACUACGAACUGUACAUGGCCAUAACGGAUGAGCUACGUCACCUGGAACUGUAUUUGUUGGACGAAUUUGAAAAGGGCAGAAAGGUGGCCGAUCUGUACGAAUUGGUACAGUACGCUGGGAAUAUUGUGCCUCGCUUGUAUUUGCUGAUCACCGUGGGCUUGGUGUACAUUAAAACGAAUAAUUCGUUGAAACGGAGCAUCCUCAAGGAUUUAGUCGAAAUGUGCCGUGGCGUUCAAAAUCCAUUGCGUGGCCUGUUUCUGCGGAACUAUUUGCUGCAGUGCACCCGCAACAUUUUGCCCGAUGUUCUGCAGUCCGACGACGAACAGGAGGGCGUCGUUUACGAUUCCAUUGACUUUGUGCUGAUGAAUUUCGCCGAAAUGAAUAAGCUCUGGGUGCGAAUGCAACAUCAGGGCCAUUCCAGCGAACGGACACGACGCGAAAAGGAACGCGAAGAGCUGAAAAUUCUGGUCGGAACGAAUUUGGUGCGGCUGUCGCAACUGGAAUCGGCAACGUUGGAAACUUAUCAACGGUUGGUGUUACCGGGCAUUUUGGAACAGGUUGUCAGCUGUCGGGAUGCCAUUGCACAACAAUAUUUGAUGGAGUGUAUCACCCAGGUAUUUCCCGACGAAUUCCAUUUGCAAACACUGGAUCCAUUCCUGAAAUCGUGUGCUCAGCUGCAGCCGGGUGUCAACGUGAAAAACAUUAUCAUUUCGCUGAUCGAUCGACUCGCUGCGUACAAUUUGCGAAAUGCCAAGACUGUGACUGAACCGGGCGAGGAAAUCACCCCGAUAAUUCCGCAAAACGUUCAAUUGUUCGAGGUGUUCAGCAUUCAGAUUGCGAACAUCGUUCAAGUCCGUACCGAUAUGCCGUUGGAGGAUACCGUAUCUCUGCAAGUAUCGCUAGUGAGUUUGGCUCAGAAGGUCUAUCCAGAUCGGGUGGAUUAUGUGGACAAAGUGCUCGAAACAACCAUUCAAAUUUUGGAUCGGCUGAACAUGCAUAAUAUUGCGCAUACUCUGUCCGUGAACCAGGAAUUGUCACGACUGUUGCGCCUCUGCAUCGAUUUCUACAACAACAUUUUAACGUUGAUCCAACUGAAAUUCUUCAGUCCGUUGCUGGAGAAAUUCGACUACACGUCGCGAAAAGCGCUCGCCUUGUACAUCGUACUGAACAUCCUGGAAAACGAAACGCUCAUUCCCACCGCUGAUGAAGCAGACUCUGUUCUUGUCAUGAUAGCACCGCUGAUCAAAGAUGACAAUGAACAAGCGCCCGAAAAACUCGAUCCGGAAGAUUUUGCCGAAGAGCAGGGCAUAGCCGGCCGAUUCGUUCAUCUGCUGAAAAGUGACGAUCCCGACAUGCAAUACAAAAUACUGCAGAUCGCUCGCAAACACUUCGGUUUGGGCGGAACGCAACGCAUCAAACACGUGCUGCCGCCGUUGAUCUUUCAAGCGUUUCAAUUGGCCAACAAAUACAAACAGAUUGCCGACGAGGAUGCGAAUUGGGACAAAAAGUGCCAGAAGAUAUUGCAGUUCUGUCACAGUACGAUAUCGGUGCUGGCUCGGGCUGAUUUGCCCGAUUUGGCGUUGAGAUUGUAUCUGCAGGGUGCUCUGGUAAUCGGACAGAUCGGUUACACGAAUCAUGAGACGGUGGCGUACGAUUUUAUGACACAGGCUUUCUCAUUGUACGAGGAUGAGAUAUCCGACUCAAAAUCUCAGCUGGCUGCAAUAACACUGAUUAUGUCGACAUUCGAGCAAAUGACCUGUUUCGGAGAAGAAAAUGCCGAACCGUUGCGAACAAACUGUGCCCUGGCUGCGUCCAAGCUGUUAAAGAAGCCAGAUCAAUGCCGUGGAGUCGUUACGUGCGCCAGUCUAUUUUGGAGCGGAAAAAAAAAUGGCGAAGAGAUGCGUGACGAGAAACGAACCCUGGAAUGUCUGAAGAAAGGUGCACGCAUUGCGUCACAGUGCUUGGACACUGGUGUACAAGUGCAAUUGUAUGUGGAAUUGCUCAAUCACUAUUUGUUCUACUUUGAGCGCGGCAAUUCGUUGAUAACGAUCACGAUGCUGAAUCAAUUGAUUGCCAAGAUCAAUGAAGAGCUGCCGAAUUUGGAGCAAUGCGAGGAGACGAAACAAAUUGAAAUGCACAGCAACAAUACGUUGGCGCACAUAAAAUUGCGCAUGGAUUCAGUGGCAAAUGAGAGCGGGUUGGAUGUGUCGUUUGCUGGCAUUGCUUUGAAUUAGGAACGAAAGUUAUUUUAAUCAAAUUUAUUUAGUUUAAGCGAAAAAGUAUAAAUUGUAACAUUGUCUCAAGAGUAUUAAACACGAUAUUGUAUAUGA